ACUGCCCCUGUGUAAGCGCUAUAUGCCCGGCCUGGCACACGGGGAGGAUCCCCGGGCUGUAGUAGGAGGUUCCCCGGGCUGUGACGCCAGUUUGUGGGAGGGGAUGCUGGCCGUCAGCCGGUGCUCGGUGGGUGUGUACCGGCCUGGAGUGGGUGGGAUCCCCAGCUGUCAGUGGCCGUGGGAUGGCGGUGUGUGCCCGGCUGUGUGGAGUGGGACACCCCGGGGGCUGCCGGCGGAGGCAGCAGCGGAGGGGAGCGGGGAGUGAGACGGAGCUGGAGGACGGGGAGGAGGAGGAGGAAGUGCGGAUCGAGGUGCAGCCGGCUCCACGGGGGCCCCGGAACCUCCUGCAGCUCCCACCCGAGAUCCUGGUUGAAAUCUUCUCCUGCCUGCCCGGCACCGAUCUGCCCCUCCUGGCGCUGGUCUGCAGGAAGUUCCGCCAGAUCCUCACCACCGACACCAUCUGGAAACGGCGCUGCAAGCGGGAAUAUGGGGUACACGAGAAUCUGAGGAAGAUGGAUGUCACGGGGGUGUCCUGCAGAGAGGUCUAUGUCAAACGUAUAAAUCCACGGGUGAAAUCCGGCCGCUUUAUGAAAAUCCUCCCUGACUAUGAGCACAUGGAUUACAGAGAUGUGUAUACCUCCUUACUACACCAAUAUCGGAAUAUCCUGGGACUGUGGCAGCCAGAUCUGGGCCCCUACGGAGGACUACUCAAUGUAGUGGUAGAUGGUUUUUUCAUUAUUGGCUGGAUGUACCUACCUCCUCAUGACCCCCACGUCGAUGAGCCAAUGAGGCUGAAGCCCGUGUUCCGUAUCCACCUAAUGGAGAAGAAAUCUGCUACCGUAGAAUGCAUGUAUGGGCCAAAGGGCCCCCACAAUGGCCAGAUCCAGAUGGAGAAGAAGGACCAGUUCUGUACCAAAUGCCUGCAGACGGAUUACCACCGAAUGUCCGGAGGAAGACAAGAGGAAUUCCGGACGUGGCUGCGAGAUGACCUGGGCCGAACACUGGAUGAUAUUUUCCAUGAACACAUGCAGGAGUUAAUCCUGAUGAAAUUCAUCUAUAUCUGCCAGUAUGAUAACUGCCUUACCUACCGCCGCAUAUACCACCCCCCCAGCCAGCCUGGUGACUUGCUGAAACCUGGCUUCUUUAAGGGUACUUACGGGAGCCAUGGUCUGGAGAUUGUCAUGUUGAGUUUCCACGGGACGACUGCCAAAGCAACAAAAAUAACGGGAGAUCCCAAUGUCCCAGCCGGACAGCCGACACUUGAAAUUGACCUCGCUCGGCCUGUGCGGUUGCCCAGCCUGGAGCAGUUGCGGAAUCUCGAUGCACUGUCUCUGCUGAUCCUGGAAAUCCACAAUCAGAUAAAUAGGGAGCAGAGGCUGGCAGGCAGCGAAGAGGAGGCAGGGAACAGCCUGGCAGACCAUCCCCAGGAAUCAUUGCCCAUCCUGAGACCAGCAGAGCGAGAAGCAGAUGAGAGAGCGGAUCCUCAGCCCCCGGAACUCCAGUCUUUUGCCCUUCCAGAGGAAGUGAUGGCCCGGAAUGAAGAUUAUCCUCGUAGCUGCAAGAUGUGCUUUUUUGGAACUGGCCUCAUCGCCGGACAUGGAUUUAGCAGCCCAGAGAGAACUCCCGGCCUGUUUAUACUCUUUGAUGACGAUCGCUUUGGGUUUAUAUGGCUGGAACUGAAAUCAUUCAGCCUGUACAGCCGGAUGCGGGACAAGUUUCAGAACUCCCAGCCCCCAUCACUAGAGGCCUUUGAAGAGAUGCUCCGAGCUAUGCAACUAUGGACAACCUAGAGUGUGGGUUUGGGGUGGGUUAGGGUGGGGGGGGACUGGAACUGGACAAGUCAGUAUUUGCUGAAGAGUGAAUGCCACAACCUUGGGAGAGCGAAACAUAUCAGCGCAUGUACUUUUUGAGCCUUUGUGUACCAGAGGAUACUGCUACGCAUUGCCAAUUUAAAAUAGGAUACAUAUGAAUUUGAAGUGAUGCUUUUAAAACGAAAACAAAAAGAAUGAAGCAACCAUCCUUAUAAUGUAUAUAAUCAGUCUAACGUAAUAAUAUAUAAAUAUAUUAAUUUA